AUGUCAUCUUUUGUAGAAGUUGGCGUUUCUUUUCCGAGAAUAUUUACUCGUCAAGUCCUCGAACUCUGGGAUUAUCAGUGGAACCCAGCCCAGCAGCGAUAUGAAAGAGUAAGCUUCCGUGCUUUGCACAUGUUUGAGCCGGACGACAACCCACAAGACGAUGUCCAGAGUGGGGAGGCUUUCCCCCCUAGACCUGUGAUGAUUCAGGAUUUGCCCCUCCUUGUACAGGAGAGAUUGGUUCCUCCGCCAAGACCGCCGCCGCCCAAUUUUGGAGCUACUGCAGCCAGUCCCAGACCCGCUAUCAUCGCUGUUCCAGUGAGCCGACCAGCGGUUCCAGAGUCCCCGGCCAGCCCGGAUCCUUCGGGGCCCUACUCGCCAACAGACACCCCCACUAAGAGGAUCACACCCUCUCCACCGGCAUAUUCGCCAGACCGCAUGCAGUGUGACCAAUCCUACUACGUGGCCAGACAAGACCAUCAAUUUAGAUUGCCGGACUGCCCGUCUGUUCCACCACCCAGACCACCUAUGCCAGUUUUAGCAGCAGCUAAUCCGGCCCUGCAGCCCGCUCCGGAGUCCCGCCGCGGUCGAGUCAUGAGUAGGAGGAGAGCUCCAUCCCCACCCAGACCCGUAGGAAGAGGAAGAGGAGGGCCAUAUGUCAGACCCACCAUUCCUUCGGAGGAUUCUGUUUUUGGCCGGCCUUCUUUGCCAUUUGCGAGAGCUAGAAAUCUCUUUGCUGACUUCAUACCAAACAUCGAGUCGCCUCCCUCUCCUCCGCCAGCCAUGGUACGGACAUUUCCCGGACCCCCUGGUGUCACCCAGUCGCCUCCCAGGACCCCCUCACCGCCUCUUCCGGAGCUUCCACCAUCGAGGGAACCAUCGCCAGACAUCAUGCUGGAACUUUAUCAGCACACCCGGCACCCCAUUGACUCUCGCAACCACCUGACCAUCCUACCCAGCUGGAGCAGAAAAGCGGUGAAAGAAGAGAUGGGAGAGUGCGUCAUCUGCUACGGGGAUGAUCGCCAUUUGCAGGUGCAGUGCCAGAACUGCAGAACUAUGAAAGUUUGCUGUACCUGCGUGGUAGGAGUCUACCAAAGCAUUAACUCCUGCCCUGUAUGCAGAUUCCGGGGAGAAUUUUAG